AUGGACACUGACGAUGAUCAGAUAAAACUCUACAAGCCACACCAAAAGGUCGCCCAGCACAUCACAUUUUUCCACGCGGGCGUCUGUAAUGGCCGCACGAUUGUUGUUGCCAUGAAAAAGCGCGGUGUUGACAGCAAUUUCAAAGUACUUGAGCCUGUCUGUGGUGACUUACGUGAUCCAAACAAUAGCAAAAAGUUCUUUGCCAAGUCUGGUCUUUUCAGCAAGAUGCCAUCGUGGUUCAAGAGUUAUAUGGAGUUUUAUAUUGGUACAGAAUCUUAUUCAUUGCACUUUUUGAAGGCUCGACUGGUUGUGGUGUGUGCAAGAGGAUUUGAAAUUAUCAACCUAGAGGCACUUAGCAUGAACCGUAACUUACCAGACCCUACUCAUCCUGACUUUGCCUUUGUACAGCAAAAAGGUCAAGAACUGCGGCCAUUGGGCAUGUUUAGAUGUAAAGAAAACUAUUUGUUAUGUUACGAUGCAUUUGCCUUUAUGGUAAACACGCACGGAUCCUAUGUACGUGAGACUCCUUUGAUCGAGUGGGAAGGUGUUCCACAAUCAGUCGCGUUUUAUUAUCCUUAUGUCAUUGGUUUUGAUCCUCGAUUUAUUGAAAUUCGCCAUGUAGAAACGGGUGAGCUCGUACAAGUAUUGGCUGGUAUACAUAUGAGAUGCCUUCAGUUUAUCAAUAACGCAAUAGCACCAGUGAUUCAUGGCUGUAUGGCACAUCCUUUCAAGCCUGAUUUCCAGUACGUAUUUCAGUUGGUAGGCACCUUUGAACCACCUUUAUAA